CAGAAACAGAGUCGCUGAAUGACAGUCAUGGCCAGAUCGAGUUCGAAAAGUAGAAGCUUCGGAAUGAAACAUGAACGAUCACCAUCGGCCCACAGUCUAUCUCUAAACUGAUCCCCACAGGCCCAUGCACUGAGUCAAGAUCUGAGACCCGAUCGAGUUAGCUUCUCUUCGUCUUCUGACUUUGGUGAUAAUUGCCUGCAACUGCAGAGUUAGAGAUAGCGUUAGCGCUAGCGCAACUGAAUCUGAGGGGCUGAAUGGAUAGUCACAGACACGACCAUGAUCAGGAAGUGGCUAUGUAGGCGUGCCUUUGGUUAUCUAGUGAUCGUCUUUCGGAUGUGAACGCUUCUCGGAGUUUCAUAGAUCACGCCUUAUUCAUUGUUUUCUCUUCCCUCUCAUUCUCAUUGACAAACUUCUCCCUCGUCAGGACGUAUGGAACUUGAAAUAUACACUGCUAGAACUAGAGACAGGAAAUGACAUGACUACGAGACCAUAGCCCAUAGUGCUGAUAUACACAGAAGAUGUCGCUCAUGAAGAUGGCAGGCGAAGAAUUGCCUCCUCCAGCCAGCCUAGUAGAGAAGAAGCGGAGAUAUAUGAGGUGGAAGUUUCUGUUGCACCUGUGCAGGUGUCGCAAAAAAAGUGGCUUUGUGGAGAAUGGGAGCAGGCGCGCUUCGCUUUUGCUUCUUACUCGAGCGGCAGUCUGUUGGGCUUGGGCAUGGACUUGGAGUUGCUCCUGAUUCCUUGCAGUCUCAUUGCAGCAGCUUCCUUUUAUCGGGACAGAAACAACGGAGACAAGUAUGCGACAAGCAGAACACAGAGUGCAAGUGCAGGACGUGACACGGAAGUCCAACACGUGUCGCACUUUUCUUCUCGAUCAACCUCUUGCGUAGAGGAAUAGAAAAAACUGGUUCACAGAUGAGAAAGAAACCACUUUGCUCUUGAGUCGUGUCUUACAGUACUAGCAUUGACUUCCUGUGAAUGUGUUCUCUAUAAGGACUGUAGAAAUACUGAAAAGGAGACGCAGGUGCCCGCUUGCAGUAUAUAAUGGGAGGAAGUCAGUCCAUGUGUGUUCUUGAGAUAGCUUGUUUGACCAAAGGGGUAGCUUAAGUAGAUACAGAAUCUAGCUGGUCAGGUUAGGAUUUUAGCUGGAACCUGCAGGUUCUGAUUUGGGACCGAUGUGC